AUGAUGUAUUGGAGAGUUGGGCGCUUUGGAUCCCUAGGUCCCCAAAUCGGUGUUCGGCCCUUUUUCGUCGCGUGUGUGAAUUUACUCACUUGGUGGCGUGAUGCUCCCUAUAUCAAGAAGGAGCUCAACAAAGAUCUUGACAGCUUCAUCGGGAGCAAAAUGGACGGUAUUAAGCUCCUGACAUCCCAUAUUAAGCAAGAUAUCACCCAAAAGCUAGGAAAGGGCAAUGACAGGUGGCCGACUGCCACGGCGGAAAUCCGCAAUGCUAUAAACAGAGUCCCCGGUAAUAUGGUCGUUAUUUACGAGGAGACCUUGAAAAAUGUCAAGAAAGAAAGAGGGAGUUCGAUGAAGUCAAUAUUGAUUUGGCUUAUGAGACAGCUCCGUCUGCUGCACAAAGAUGAGAUUGCCGCGGCGGUUGGGCUCGCCGAAGCAGGUUUGGUCGCUCAGAUCUGCUCCAAAGCACUUGUGGAGCAGUGGAGCCAGAGCGUAACUGUAGGUGGCCAGGUUCAAGCGCUGGAGGUCUUGCGAUUCACCCACUUUUCCGCUAAAGACUACCUGGAGACAGUCCAGCUGGGAUCCCCCGAAUCAGAAAACCGGAAAUCGCACGUCUGGACCAUACUGCCGAGGAUGACGCCGAAUCCGAUGCUAAGAAGAUCGGAUCGCCGCUGCCUGCAGCACGCGGUCGAAUAUUGGUUCCAGCACUACAAGCUGAUCGAGGAUAUCAAGAUGCUUGACAGAAGCGGUUCGGAAGGUUUAUUACUGUUACUGAAAACCUAUUUUGGAGUAAUUUUCCAUGACUUUCGAUACUCGAGUCAAUAUUCGGAAGACUCACCUUUAUCCGCCUUUAAAUGGCUCUACAGGCAUCUCGAUGCCCGCUAUGGGUAUCACCGUGGCCCUGUACCCUCUUUCUUCCGUAAAAUUCGGCGCCGAGGGUGGGCGGAUUACGACCACCCUGACUUCGCUGGGGGCAUGACUGCGAUGGACCAGAGUGACCCGAUAGCAACCGACCCGAUCAAGUAUACGCAAAGCUUAGGUUUGGAUACUGAAGACAUCGUCGAACCAGAACGAAAGCUUGAUCCACCAUGCAAACUGGGACGACAAUUACAAACUUAA